AAAAAGCCUUCAACUCACAAUGGUCUCGCAGUCCACUUUCUUGCGCACGUUAUGAUGUGUGGAUACCAUACAACAGAGCUUAUUGCAGCAGUUUUAUGCGGUUUAAUAUUUUUUUCCCUGUUCGGAUACUACUGACUGGGGCAUUGGAUAUGUGCACGCGGGAUGAUGAAAACCCCUUUCCUCCCCGCAGAAGUAAGAUAAAAUAGGGUUUCGAAUACAUUGGAUUUACUCCUCUCGUUCCAUAUGAAGAAGUCAAAAAUUUGGAUACGCAUCUGUGUCCAUUUAUUGGUGUGCACCACAUUUGGAGUUCACUCAAGUGAAUUUGGAGAUGCUGUAACAGAUGACAUCACAAGCAUUUCACUAUUGAAACAAAAUAUACCUAAAGAUUACAAGAUUCCUGUGACAUAUAUUCCAAAAGAAGUGGGUGGAAUGUGUUGGGUCACGCUAAAUGUUUUCCACUUGGAACUCAGUUUACGGGGAUUAGCAGACAAGUUUGGAAACAUUUCAUCCAACAAAUAUAAUAUCAGCAUAUUGAUCGAAAUGCUGAAAGAGACGCGAUAUCACAUGAAGAACUUGGAGGUGAUCACGUCUGAUUUUGAGUGCCACUAUAGAGACGAGAAAUGGCAGACAGGACACUAUUUUCAGUUUGUUGAAGAUUUUCUAAACACGGCCCGUUGGAAUAGAGAUCCGCCAGAAGAAUGCGAUCCACCUCCCUGUCCAACAACAACAAAGGCAUCAGAAACUACAAUAACAGCACAAUACCCCACAUCAGGGAAAGAGCCUCUGAGAUUCCUGCCAGAAGUAGUGGAGAGAAGCCUCCUGUCACUACUUGUAAUUCCUAUUGCGGCCAUCGUGGUUCUGUUUGUGUGGAAGGUGAAAUCCAGGAGCAACCAACAUCAAUCAGAUGAACUGAAAUCAGUGGAAGGAGGCCUCUUCACAGGAACAGAAGAGAGUUUGGCACCUCCACUAGAUGACAUUUCUGAAAAGAACAGAUUGAACAUCAUUGAGGCAGUGUAAUUGUUCAAACCUUGGAAAUUGGUGUACAGAGGAGUCAUCUAAAGAAAGAACGAGCAAACAUAAAACUACAUUUCUUACGGUGAAAGACUUGCUUCUUUCCUGUCCAGAAACUGACAGUCUUCUCAUACCAGAACCAGAUAAUGGCACACAAAAAUGUGCUGUCUUAUCACCCCUGCAAUAAACUGGGAGUUGUUCUUGCGAGAGUAUAUUAACCUGUCAUCUACUAUCAAAUUUCAUCAAAUGAAGCUGAAAAGGAGAGUGUGAUUCUCAUGGAAACAUCUGGAGAUUCCAAUAACUGUUCAAAACACAGUGAACUUCACGGGACAAUGUUGGUUUCACAAGCACUCCCCCGUUUGCACUUUUUGUAGGUUUGGCUGGAGCAUGGACACUGGUUCUACUCAAGAACGCAGCAUAGAACACUCACCUAUAAAUGGCUUUCUUUCAUUAGGACUGAAGCAUAAAUGACUACCUCUAGUCGCCCCGGCCCUCACUUUCCUCAACUUCUUCUCAGCAGCAUUCCACUCCACUUCCUUCUCCAUCUUGCUUUCCAUUGGACGUUCCCUGAGAAUCUAUUUUGGAAUGAGUUAUCUAGAAAUAUUCUCAGAUUUAACCAUCUGUUUUAUUUGAUGUUUUUUGCUAUGGACGUACGGAAGGGAUGAGGUUGUGUGAUGUAUUUAUUUAUUUGCUUACUCGGAAUGCUGACAGCAUAAUAUUGCUGCAGUUGGAGAAAGAAACUGUCAGUGAUUCAGCUCAUCUAUAGAAAUACUAAAUGAGCAGGAAAAGGUCUACGAGGGUGGUUUAUAAAGACUACAUAACUCAUUAUUCUGCAAUGCAUAAAGCCUCCUUAAACAGCACACUGGAAUCUAUAAACACAUGCGUUAUCUAUAUUAAGACAGCCAUAGAAUGAUGUAUGUAUGAUGGUGUUGUUAAUUGCUUAUGAAUGGAUUGUAUGAAAGGCUUUUGUUGGCGUUGUAAAUGUAACAAAAAAUGUGCUACUUUGACUAACUUUCAUUUAUCCCAUUAUAUACAGUAAAAAAUGAUUGUCCCUAUAGCAAUCAAUGGUAGAUCAAGGGUAAAUCUUACAUAUCCAUACUGAUUUAGAUCAGACAUUGAGGAUCUGAUAACUGAUAAUAAGGUUUUUCUAUGCCCUCAACGCACAAGAAAGAGGUGGUCUAGCCUCAAGUAAACCAGUUUUGCAUCAGAUUCUGCAAUUACAUUAUAACUCCGCUCUGGUAUAUUGCAUCCUCACCACCCAUAAGGUAUAUUAUGUAUGUUGCAUGUACACCGCUGUACAGUUUACCAAUGUGUUAAAGUGGUUCAAAGAUAUGAAUUGAAAUUGAGCCAAGAAACAUUUUUACUUGAACAAUAUACUUGUCACUCCAGUAACCAAGUACCCUAAUGAAUUGUGUUCCAAAUAACCUUCAGUAACCUAUACCAGAAAGUGAGCUAAAAUGUUUAUUUCUGAGGUAACAAUAUUAGAAAAUCUUCUUAACACGCACGUCAAAAGCCAGAAUAUAUCAAAGUUUGUAGAGGACCAGACUAAAAUUCACCAUUAUUUAGAAAAGUGAUAUGAUCUGUGAGGACAGUGUCUAGCAGUUUAUCCACGGUCUAUCAAAAUGGUGUGGUACUCUUGUUGUACUCAGCAACUCAGGCUACGAUAUUGCAGCCUAAUUAUGAAGAUUAGUCUGAUAAAAGUCGGGUCCGCAGUCAUGGCCAUCAUUCGAUCAUACCCAAAAUGUUUUGUAUGACAUUUCACCAACUCACCGGGAGACUACUAAGAAUUGAGGCAAACCAUUGAAAAAAACAGCAACAUGGAAGACCUGACACCAAGAACCCAUCUCAUUGAUAGGUGUUGGUUGUCUCUGUGACCAUGAACCAAUGGUAUAGAAAGUGCUAGAAAGUGUUGUGGACCAUACCUAGAGAGUGUUGAAUCAUUGCCCAACUGGUUGUAAUGAUCUCACACCAAUGGAAACAACUUGUGUUGUCAUUGUGGCCCUUAUGUGUUAACCCAUUACCCUCAUUUCAAUACACAAUUUUGAUACUAUCCAAACAAAUGGACCCUAAGCCUAAGUGUAAACCAUAUUAAAUAUCAGGACACAGUCAGAGCAAUAACCCUCCUUCAUUUGAACACUUAUACUCCACAACACCGGGCUCUUAUAACGCAAUUCUACACUAAAUAACAUGUGACAGAAAAAUGCAUUAAACUCCAGUUUAAUUUAGAAAAUCCUGCCAGCAUGUAAUGUUUUAGCUGUUGUACUCUUUUUAUAGGAAACGGUUCAAAUGGUAAAACCUGUUUAUUUCACCAAGUGUAUUUUGGGACAUUUUCCUCUUGCACUUUUCUGUUAGAAGAGUGUUUUUAUCAUGCAAAAUGGAGUGUAGGUCAAAAUAAAAUAAAAAACACAUUGGUGUUCAUAAAGUGACAGUUUCAGCAUGAGCAGCUGAAAAUGCUUGGUGUGAGUAAGUGUUGUUUUGUUAAAAGAUACAAGAGUAUUAUUUUUCAUAUCCCCCGUGAUACAAUAAAAAAAUGUUAAAAAAUG